CCGCCGCUGAAAAGCCAUGGAGCCGCCGCAGUUACCUGAGUGUCCGGUCUGUCUCCAGCCCUUCGAUGGCGAAUCCACAAUCCCACGCGUCCUCGCCUGUGGCCACUCCUCAUGCGAGGCCUGCCUCCUUCAGCUUCCAAAACCACCCUUUCCUCGUACCAUACGCUGUCCGGCUUGUACCCAACUAGUCUGCUACCCACACCCUCAAGGUCCUUCUGCUCUCCCCAAAAACAUUGACCUACUCCGCAUCUCCUCCUCUCUGAUCCUAUCAAAUCCCACGGAACUCAACUCCAGUCCCAAAAAGCCCAUCGUAUCAUUCCCAGACUUCAUACCGAAUUUAUGGUCUCAUGAAUUUCACAAUAACUGGAAGGGUUGGGUUGUUCCUCGGGACACAAUUUCGAUCGACGCAAGUGUAGCUCUUGAUGGGUCUAUUUUGCAAGGAAGUGUUACAAAUUUGAAGAAGUCGACUGGGCCAUCCUUCAGGUGCCGGUUUAAAGGAAAUCAUAAGGUGGGUCUGUUUAAAGUUGGUUCUUUUAUGGAUAAUGUUGAGUACAGAUUUAAGUAUAGUUAUCUUGCGAAAGCUAUGUGGGUUUUGUUUAAAAUGAAGGAUGCUGCAUUAUCUGAACUCGAGUUGAUUCUAACGUGUAGUUUGAAGUCUUAUCGGAUUUGUACUCCUUAUGGGUUGUGGUUCAACGAGGAGGAUGAUCAUUUAUAUCUUGUGUGUGAAAGGAAAAAUAUUAUUUUGUUGGAUGUGAUUGUUUCUGACGUCCAAUAUGAUGUAUCUAGUUUGGCUAUGAUUGGUAUGGAGCUUUGCGAAGCAAUAAGUGGAUUGCAUGAGACCGAGUUAGUUUCUGGUUGUACUUCAUUGUCAUGCUAUUGUAUCGAUGAUUUUGGGCAUGUCUUUAUCGACUUAAAUGAGGUAUUGAUGGUUUCGUGGAGAGUUCAAAAGAUGAUCACAGAUUCUGUAUCAUUUGCACAAAAUGAUGACAGUAAAAAAUUGGCCAUGGCCUCGACCAAUGAUGGUUUAGAGAUUCAUGUAUUUCCUAGCCCAGAGCUGUUGGUGCAGUUUGUACAGAAAGAGGGUGUUGACUUAGAAUUUGCCAAGUCAACAUUUUUUGUUGGCUAUAGUUCGGAUGUAUGGUCACUGGCUUGUACAUUAGUUUUGUUUCUAGCUGGAAAGUCUUUUGUUGAGGAGACACACGACUUCUUGUUCAGUUAUAUACCUGCAUUAAUCAGUGGAAAUGCUCAUGAUUGUGAAGGGUUAUACAUGGCUUGGUUGGAUAAAGUUUCUGGCUUGUUAGAUGCUAGGUUGGGUUCCGGCUAUGUAUUGAUGAAGCAAUUACUGCACAAAUGUUUGUGUUUCGACCCGGGAAGUAGACCGCUUGUAGUGGACCUUUGGAAGUGCUUGAGGGAACUGAUUAUCAAACCAAAGUUUGAUGUAAUGGGAAGUUCACAGCAGAAGCUAACAAAUGAAAGCACGUGCCACUGCUUGCUUCUAGGAGAUUUGUCCUGGUCAUCAAAUAAAACCAAUAAAGUUGACAAUGAGGAUGGCAUGAUGAAUCAAUUUAAAGGCGAAAACUUGGUGGUUGAGAGUGAUGUCGUUGAGGGUUUUUGUAAGGAUUCUCUGAUAUGCACUGAUUUGAAAGGUCAUCUUGAUUGCAUCUCUGGAUUAGCUAUUGGAGGGGGCUUCCUUUUCAGCUGCUCAUUUGAUAAAACAGUCAACGUAUGGUCGCUCCAGGGUUUUAAUCAUGUACAUACAUUCAAGGGUCAUGAGCAUAAGGUCAUGGCUGUAGUUUUUGUAAACAGAGAACCACCUUUGUGCAUUAGUGCUGAUAAUGGAGGUGAUAUUUUCAUCUGGGGCAUUAAAGUUCCAUUUGAGGAGAAGGCAAUCAAAAGACUGAACGAGGGAAAAGAUUGGCGCUAUAGUGGUAUUCAUGCGUUAGCUGUUUCUGGAUCUGAAUUUUUUUAUACAGGCAGUGGGGAUAAAUCAAUAAAAGCCUGGUCAAUGCAUGAUUAUAGUUUGUCAUGUACUAUGAUUGGUCAUAAAGCAGUGGUGUCUACACUAGCGGUUUCUAAUCAGGUUCUUUACAGUGGAAGUUGGGAUGGAACCAUUCGCUUAUGGUGUCUAAAUGAUCACACCCCUUUAGCAGUGUUAGGCGAAGAAGCUCCUGGAGCAUUGACCUGCGGCUCUGUUCUAUCUCUUGCUGCUGAUGGUCAGACUCUUGUUGCAGCCCAUGAAAAUGGAUGCAUAAAGAUGUGGAACAACGACGUGCCUCUGAACUCCAUAUCCGCACACACGAGCUCCAUUUUCUCCAUUUAUAUGGACAGGCAUUGGUUAUUUAGUGGUGGUUGGAACAAGACUGUUGUUCUACAGAAACUAUCAAGUGACGAGUCGGGAGUGGAUGUCACACAAAUCGGAACUAUAGCUGGUGAUUCGGUUGUAACUACUUUGCUUUAUUCGCAAGGAAAACUUUUUGUUGGGCAUGCAGAUACAACAAUCAAGGUAUACAGUUUUGAAGGAUGAUUUCAGAGAUGUUUGAAGUAUUCGUUGAAACAUAAUGU